AUGGAGGGUGGCUAUGAGCGUUAUAUGCUUCUUCCAGGGCAAAGGUUUUGCCCCAUGGAGGAUGAACUACUCAUGUAUUACCUUAAGCCCAAGGUGAAUGCAAAAGAGGUGCCUGGAGGAGAAACCCUAAUUUGUGAGGUGGAUCUUUAUGGUGAAGAAGAGCCUUGGAGUAUAUGGGAAAGAUUCGAAGCAGAAAGAGUAAACGAUUUGAGAAGGAACAAAGAUCUAUACUUCUUCACCAAGAAGAAGAAGGUGAGCGCAAAAGGGUCACGCAGAUACCGAAAAGUAGGCAGUGGUACAUGGAAGGGCCAAGACGCAGCCAGGAAGAUAUAUCUUGUUGAUCAGAAUCAGCAACAAACAAGAACUCUUCUUGGUUUCAAGAAAACCUACACCUACAGGAAUCCAAAGUCCGUGCAUCAUGGUGGCUGGAUCAUGUAUGAAUUUGAGCUUAAUGAGUCUCAAUUCAUGAACAAGAAACAAGUAAAACAGAAUCGGUACGUUCUUUGUUUACUUAGAAAGAACGAUGUAUUGCCGGAAAAGAAGAGAAAGAGGCUGCAAGAAGAAGAACAAGAAGAUGAGGAUCUUGACGACUUUGUCGGGGAUGACCAAGAAGAUAACAUUAAACCUGAAUUGUUUAAUGAGGAGCCGCGUGAGAAACGUCGACGUCUUUUUCCAUCCACAGAUAUUGCGCCAGAACCAUCACCAGCGAAUGCUGUUCAACAAGGACAAUGGUUUGAGUUCGACCAACAAUACUAUCAGUUAGCACUACCACCAUUAGAAACUGAUGAACCAGCGGAACCCCAACCAUCAAGUGAAGAAUAUUCGGGGCAGCAGUAUCAGAUACCGAGUUUUUCGGCUAUUGAAAUAAUGAACCAUGAUGAUAAUCAAGUGCAGCAAAUGCGAGCUGAAGAGGGUACCAUGACACCUGCGGAAGGCGAUCUCUAUGGAGGCAACUCGAGUGAUGUAAUGGGUGGUGGUGCAUACCAGUCUUUUAUGGAUGGGCUAGAUCAGCUAAUGAACGAUGAGCAGCCGAGUACCAUGGAUGAAUGGAAUGUUGAUUCUUAUUUAGAUUUUGGGGCGUACUCAGCCUAUUAG